UUGCCUCAACCCGUCGAAUUAAUCUACUAAAAUACUAUAUUCACGAACCCAUGUUCGGGAAAACAAAUAAAUUUUAGGCGUCGUUUGCUUUGCGGAUCAAAAGAAGAACAGCGUUUUCCUUGGGUGAAUUCUUGCUUCUAGUUCAUGAAUUCAAUGUAUAUGUCUCUUACAAAUGCCCUGUCAAAACAGGCUUCUUUGACGUGUAAAAAUAUCAGUCCCCUCGAUUCUUACUUUAAGAGAUGCCAAGCUCCUAAACCCCAAUUUACUAGAAUAUUUUUCCAGGUUUCCAAAAGGAGAAAACGGAUAGUUUGCCAAGUCAAUAUGUCUGCCCAAAGCACUGCUGGUCAGGUCAUUCGUUGCAAAGCUGCGGUGGCAUGGGAAGCCGGGAAGCCACUAGUGAUUGAAGAAGUGGAGGUGGCACCACCACAAGCAAUGGAGGUCCGUCUGAAGAUCCUCUUCACCUCUCUCUGCCACACUGAUGUUUACUUUUGGGAAGCCAAGGGCCAAACUCCAUUAUUCCCUCGUAUAUUUGGUCAUGAAGCUGGGGGGAUUGUUGACAGUGUGGGUGAGGGUGUGACACACCUUAAACCCGGUGACCAUGUGCUUCCGGUCUUCACCGGGGAAUGCGGCAACUGUCGUCAUUGCAAGUCCAAGGAAAGCAACAUGUGUGACCUGCUAAGGAUCAACACUGACCGAGGGGUGAUGCUUAGUGAUGGCAAGACCAGGUUCUCCAUUAAUGGAAAACCCAUCUAUCAUUUCGUUGGCACAUCCACCUUCAGUGAAUACACUGUUGCUCAUGUUGGCAGUGUUGCCAAAAUCAAUCCCGCCGCUCCUCUUGACAAAGUUUGUAUUCUCAGCUGUGGCAUCUCUACAGGUCUUGGUGCCACCUUGAAUGUUGCAAAGCCCACCAAAGGUUCAACUGUGGCCAUUUUUGGACUGGGAGCAGUAGGCCUCGCUGCUGCUGAAGGGGCUAGAAUUGCAGGCGCUUCUAGGAUUAUUGGGGUUGAUCUGAAUCCUAACAGAUUUGAGGAAGCUAAGAAAUUUGGUUGCACUGAAUUCGUCAACCCGAAAGACCAUAACAAGCCGGUUCAAGAGGUGCUCGCUGAAAUGACAGAUGGGGGAGUUGAUCGAAGCGUCGAGUGUACUGGAAACAUUAAUGCCAUGAUCUCUGCAUUUGAAUGUGUUCACGAUGGAUGGGGUGUUGCGGUACUCGUCGGUGUUCCUAACAGAGAUGAUGCAUUUAAAACACGUCCCGUAAAUUUUUUGAAUGAGAGGACUCUGAAAGGUACCUUCUUUGGCAACUACAAGCCCCGGUCCGACCUUCCCUCGGUGGUGGAAAAGUAUAUGAACAAAGAGCUUGAGCUGGAGAAAUUUAUAACGCAUCAAGUGGCAUUCCGGGAUAUAAACAAGGCCUUCGAUUACAUGCUUGCUGGGGAGGGCAUCCGCUGUAUCAUUCGCAUGGAUGCUUGAAAAUUUGUAAACCCUUAAUAAAGAAAUGUGAAUAAAUUCAGCAAUCAAUGCGUUUCCCUUUUCAUGGUUUGUAUAUUCACGUGACAGUACCCACCACGCUCUGUGUUUGAUUUGCUUUGAUGUAUCAUCAAACUACAAUUCCAUUUCUGUUUUAUUUAUCCUCUCUCAAAUCAUUUCCUAUA